UUUACUGGAUGAUGGUCCUUAAUUUGUAGAAGCAUCAGAUGUACCUGUAGGUGGAGCAAAGUGAUUUGUUGCUUCAAAAUUUCUUUGAUGUUACUUAUUGAUUGACAAACAGUAUGGCUGAAAUUCUUGCAGGUCAACUUUGUUACAGGUACAUUUUAAAGAUUUCUUGUCUCCUUAUUGCUAAAUCAUUGACCUAAUGUUGUAUCUGCAGGCUUAUCAAUGUGACUGAAAACAUUUUAAUGCGACUAAUUAGCAAGUUGGGGCUUUUUUCCAAUCUCUGCCUUUGUUCACAUGUUUGACUGUACUUGAACAAACAGAUACAGUAAAAACUCUGAAAACCGGACCCUCUGAAAACCGGAAUCCUCUGAAAACCGGACAAUUUUAAAAGUUCUGUAUUUUCUCCUUAUAAAUUCAAUGAAAAAAAUUCUCAAAAUACCAGAACUUUUGAAUUCCAAAAACCGGACAAUUUUCUAUGGCUACCAAUACUAAACAUGCUUAAAAAAUCCUCUGAAAACCGGACAUCAAUUUUAAGUGUCAACUUUUUGUGUAUUUUAAUGUAGAUUAAAACAUAAUCCCAAACAGGUUACAUGUUCAGUUGCCAGUUAUUAUGGUCAUCUGCUUUUUAACUAUGCAGGUGUGAACUUGUCAGUGUGUGUAAAUUUCUUAUUGGCAAUUAAAUUAUAGCUCUUAUAUUAUAAUAGCAUCUUUCAAAAUGUUUUAAUUUGUUUUUUUUAUAGUAAAAAAUCUAGUCUAGAUACAUUAUAUCUUUUUUAUUAACAGGAAUUCCCAAGAUUGAAAGAUAAGAAGCCAUCAAAGUUGGGGUUGUCAUCAAGAAGUGAUAAUCAUCAUUUACCAUCAUCUAGUAGAAAUACCUCACACAGCUGUUGUUUCAUAGAGUGUACAUUAAAGUUGGACAGUGCUGCCCUAGAAACAGCGAUAAACAACACUCAUUUACUGUGGGAGGCAGAGACUGAUAUGUUCUCACCAAAGCAUUUAUCGGACAGGUUUACACAGCUAUAUGAGAAAGAAUGGAAGAGUGCAUACAUGGAAUCAAGUUCUAAAGAUGAAGUUGUCAAACAACUAUUUAAUAUUCUUACAGAUUCUUACACACAUGCAGAUUUAUGCUCAGAGACCCACCUGGAGAAUUUAACAUAUCGUGUGUUGCAACCAGACAUAGAUGUUCAGAUUGGAGAGUUCAACAUGCAUGGCUUUAAUGAUGUAGAACCAGAAUCCUCAGAUUCUACAUUAUUUUGUAAUAUAAAAGAGGACCUUAGAAAACUGAGGGCAAAACAUGCACCUGACUUCAUGAAAGAUAUAGUUUAUAUGAUACAGCAAGAUUUACCAUCAUUCUCAAGUACUUCACCGUCUAGCGGACUCCAUGGUCAUCUCUCGACAUUUGCCAAUAAAUGUUUUGAACUCACCUUUGCCCUUAGACUCCAAGAUCCUCCACUAUUUCUAGAUAUCAUAGAGACAGAUAAGAAUGAUGGACAUGGUAUUGAAAAAGAAGUUUAUAAACUUGUCAAAAGACGUGGGCGUAAAACAAAAACUAUAGUUUGGCCACCAUUAUAUUUGUACAAAGGCGGUCCAAUACUUGCAAAAGGUGUUAUGUUUAUACCAGCGUAAGAUAUUGUUAUACAUAUUAUAUAUGUAUUUAUGGCAAGAACUGAUUGAAAAUCCAUUAGCAUUAAUGUGGAAAUGUUUGGGAUUGUCCCAGAAAUCAGAUGUUUGUCCCAGAGUUGUCCCGGAAAAGAUUGUGUCCCAGAAGAAAGGCAACACCAUAAUUUAUACAUAUGAUCUAUUCAAGGAUGCUGGUACAUGGACAGUUAUUUUGACUUAGUUAUACACAAGAAAUAUUGACAAAUGCCUGUAUUACAUUCAGUCAAAUCUGUUUGAAUCAUACCCUUAAAGAAUCUACGUUAACUAUGUAGAUUGUGUGCUACAGUGAGAAUGAACUUCAGUAAAAUUGUUGAUUAUGCAUCGUUAUGCAACGGACCAUGCAGAUCUGGAUCUCUCUCACAUUCUUGUGAUUUGCAUUUAUAUGUGAUCUGAUGGUGUGACAAUAUGUCACACAGUCAGUCCAAAGUAUGUGAUAAUAAUUGUGUUAUAAUCAGUUAGUCAAAGUUUAUUCUAAUAUUUUUUUAUACAAAUUUUAUUGAAUUUCGUGUGAUUUGCAUUUACAUUGCACCAGUCCUAUUGACUGUAAUAACACUAUACAUUACAUUAUUAAAUGAUAGAUUAUCAAGGUGUCAUAGUGACAUGGUAGUUAUGGCGACUACUAUAUUUUUGUAUAUUAAUAGGCUUUGAGUCUGAUUUGGUGGCAGUGGUUGUAAUUUUUCCUCCAGAUCAUGGCAUAGAGCCACAUUGAAUUCACCAAGGCAACAAUCUGGUUCUUAAACCACUUUGUCCAAUACAUAUAUCUGUGAUCUUAAUAAUCUUUUGACAAUGUAUGUGUCUUAAACUUUCAGGAAAGUGCACUGUAGCAAAUGUGUGAUUUUUUUAUACUGAUAUAUAUAAUAUAUAGGAUAAGAUACUGUAUAAAGCUGUGAUAUUUUGUACUUUAAUGGCAUCUUCCCAUGUUAGUACCAGCCUUGUACUCCGUCCAAGUAGGAACUGAUGGGAAGUUUAAUUGCGUCUUAUUUGUGUACUGAUGCAGUAUUAUUAUUAUUAUUAUUGUUGUUGUUAUUAUAUACAUGUAAACAAAUUUUAGACAGAACUUACUUAUUAUGAUUAUUAUUAUAAUAAACAUUUAAACAAAAAAUU